GUAAGAAACGUGGUGGUGGAGAGAAUGGGAAUUUCUCCUCCUCUUGUUUUUCUUUCUUAUUGCUGCUACCGCUUUAUUUCGUUGUCUCCUUCUCUCAACAAACAAACAAACCCCUUUGCACCUUUCUUCCGAUUCUCCUUCUCCUCUGAAACUCUCUCACCUUGCGUUUUUACGAUCCUCACUAAACGUCGCCGUUCCCUCUCCGAUUCCUAAAUUCUUCUUUAUAAAUUCCAUACUCUCACCUUCAUUUCUCUACUUCUGUCAGAAUCUUCUUCACGAUCAUACACUUUCUUCGUCUUUUCUUUUCGGUUUCUUGGUGCUGUUGGUGUAUUGUACAUCAUUAUUUCUACUUGUUCUGGCAAAACAUUGGUUUUGCCUUUGCAUUGUGCAGGUUACAGAAGUGGGUGAUUUCUUGAUUUGGUAUAUUCCAUUACAUUGUCUGAAUUGCAGAUGGUGUUAUAGGUCCAUUUCAAUCUUGGAUUAACGGGGAGACUAUAGAACUGACGAGUGACAACUUUGGCAUGUCCAAUACACUCAGGACAUAUGAGCAUUAUAUGCCGCAAUUAUGGAGUGUUGUAAGCCGACUUCAUAUAGGAAGAAGGUAUAUUGUGCCAAAAAAUAUCAGUUAGGAAGAAUUGUAUAGGCCUUGAUCAGCUGCAUUGUGUCCUUUUGAGUCAUGGUCAUCCCUUCUUCUGGUAUUGUAUGGUUUUUUAGCCUGAAAUGCCCUAGCUAUUGUUCUGAGGAUAUUGUGGCAAUAGACUGGUCACAUCCAAUGUUUAGUGAUGCAAGCUGUCACUGUGAGCUGUUACAGGAAAUUUAGGGAGGAUGGAACUUGUCACAUACCCUUGUGAUUGUUCUAAUUGGUGCUCUGAAGUGCUAAAAUAUGGAUGUCAUAAACCUCAGCGCACUAUCUGCCCAUAACUUCUAAAAUUUCUUGUCGAAUGCUUGUUCUCUUAAUAUGGAAUCUGCUAUGGAAGUGGUUCUGUUUAGUGGAGGCUGAUAUAAUGAGUAAGGAAGUAUAAAUUUCAUAGAGCACUCAACACAUUUACAUGCAUUAUGGAGACUUCAAUGUUGAACCAUUAGGGCAUACCAUAGAUGGAGGAGGCUUCUGUAGCGAUAUGCUUACUCUCCUAAAUGACAUAGACUGCUCUCUAUGUCAGUUCAGUUUUCUGGUUCUGGGAACAGUUGGUUUCUCCAAUAAUGCAACAAUUCAUGGUUGGGAUUGGUGUAAUACUGGACCAUUCUUUAUUUUGAGGUGAACCUUUUGAGUUCGUUGAUAUGGAAGCUGUUUGAUAGGCACAAGUUGGUUACAUCAUCUUCACUCAUGAUUAUAAAUGUUCUGGAAUUAUAUGAAACUAAUGUCAAGUCAAGGUGUUGAUAGCCUAACAAAAUUGCUGGCGCUCUUCCUUUUGCUUUACCUAUUUAAGGGCAAUGGAAAAUAUUUUACUUCCGUGUUAAAGCCUGCACGAUCCUAAUUUUAGUUGUCAUGCUUUACUGGGGGCAAUGAAUGGUCUUCACAAGACAAACAAUUAAGUUUGAUUAGAAUUGGAUAUAGCAAGGAGUUUUAAUUGUUAAGACUAUUUUUGGUAAACAGAAAACUUCUAUGUGGAGAUAUCUCAUAUUACUGUCAUUGACGCUUUUGUACUUAUUGGAAAAUUUCCAAUUUUUUUAAAUAAAGUCCCAAUAUACUGCAAGAUAUAGCUUGAAAGAUGAACACAAAAUAUGACUGAUUCUCUGUUUUGAUGUUUGAAUAUACUUUAGUGUUGGGAUUCUAAAGAAAUCUGAAACUAAACUUUAAAAAGAUGCUCAAGACAGAGCUUUCCACUGAAAAGCUAUUUUUUGUGUAAAAUUAAGCAUAACCAAACAUGUGAGAUCCCUAACUUAUACAAUUAUAAUAUGCAUGCUGAUAUUCAUUUUCCCAAACUCUUUUAAACAAUUUUAUUUGAUUUAUCAUGGUUUAUUAAAGGUAACAAAUUUUGUAAUGCCUUUUCUGGUUUUCCUGAGGAGGCUAGAUUUUGAUUCUUUUGAAUUUCUGCUUAUAAAUGAAUGAGCUUAUAUUCUCUAUUUAAUAUAGGUUUCUAGUUUUACUGAUAUAAUAUUCUCUUCAAUGAUAUUUCUCAUUGUAAAAAUAUUGUUUUGUAGUAAACAGUUUUUAUCCGACUGUUUUAUAUGCUUUCAUCAAUGCUUUCCUCUACAUUUCUGGUAUGCUAUUAGACAUACAUCUCUCUCUGUUUCUCUGUCUCUAUGUCUCUACUCCUUCUCUAAGCAAGUUUCACUCUAAAUUUAAGUUUGUUCUUUAAGCAAGUUUGUUCCUCUAUAUUUAAGUUUGUUCUUUAACCAAGUUUCACUCUAAAUUGCUUUGUAUUUUUUUCCUAAGAAAAAAAGGUUGUGGAGUGAAAUGUUCUGUGGUUUUUUGUAGUUCUUUGGAUUUACUUAAUUUUGUUUAUGUUUCUUUGGUCUUGUCUUGUUUACUGUUUAGAGGGCAUACAUAAGAGUACUUCCCUAUGUGCUCAAUGCCUGUGCAUUGUUGAUAAUUAUUUUAAAGUGCAGGAAGAGAUUAGAAAAUGCUAACACCUUCUAACACUUGCUAAAUCUUACCCAGGUAAUAUCUGAUUGCUAGUCAUCCUACUUUUCAAUCCUUCCUCUUUUUAUCUAGUCUAUCCUAACUCUUUCUGACAUUCAUGACUAUCCAUCAUCUAAUUUAAAUCUCAGCUAUGUCAUUUUUCCCCUUAUGUUUAUUUUUAUUUUGCAUCCUCUUUGUUUUCUGCCUCAGACUAGAGGGUGCUCCUUCUGUAUCAGUGGAUAGAGGCAUGGGUGGCUUCAAGUAGUGAAUUAUUUGCAGAUCUGAGUCAGUUACGGUGUCUAUUUUGACACAGAGAUUCCAAGUGACAGUAAUGGGGCAUAGGCAUGUAUAUAACACAUCUCCAUUGUUUGAGGGUGAGCCUGAUCAGAACUGGAAUCAUAUGCACAUUGAUCAACACUAUGUGCACCUUGGUAGAACUAGCACUUCAGAGAAUGGUUCUUUUAUUUAUCCUGCGGACAAUAUGUCUAUAGAUAACACUUCUUUCCCCUCUCAUUGGAACUCUUCCACAAGGUCAAAUGGAUAUGCAUCCUCAGGUCACAACAUUGAUGUACCUCCUCAUCAGCCAGAUGCAUCAGGCACUUCUAAUAAUGAUCAUUUUGUGCAUUCGUCUAAUGCUGGAGCAUUCUUUACAGUGUCAGAUAAUCACGUACACCAACCUUCUUCUUCCAAUUAUGACAGACAUACAUUUAAUGUUGAUAGUAGUUUUGUUGAUCUUACAAUGGGAAGUGGACAAGGGACUCACAAGCGUAAGAGCCCUGGAAUUUCUCCAGUCUACGAGAGAGGCAGUACAAGUAGAUACUUCAAUGCUGGAAGUUCAACUGAUCUUCCUAUAUCUUCGGAAUUAUGGCAGGAUAAGCCAAAUAUUGAUUCUCAAUAUAUGCACUGGGAUCAUUUUACUAUGACACCCACAUUCAGAGGUACUGGCCUUUCAAUAAAGGGUGAGGGUUCUUUGCGGAAUGUGAGGAGCCGCUCUACACUUGAUUUGGACUCCAACCCAUCGAGGACCCAUUUAUCCACUAAUCAUUCUCACACUUCCUACCCUACUCUCCCACCAGUAGACCAUUCUAGUUUGGUGGAUGUUUCUGGUCAGACUUCUACAUUGACAAGGGAUUGGAGCCAAAUGAACAUAUCUCCAGCAAAUGGAAGGGUUUUAUUACCAGAUACAAGUGCUUUUGGUCUUGAGACAAGUCAUUUCCUUGUUGGAAGUGGUGCUACUGUUGGCAAUGCUUCUGUGGAUGUUGGGUGCUUCCAUCAUGGUACAAGCAGAAAUCCUGCUCCUACUCAAAGUUUUCAAAAUAAUCAAACUCAGAAUGCUAGGGGAAUUCAAAGCAACUAUUCUCAGAGAUCCACUCCAACUUUUGGGGCUUCUUCAAGCUUGCGCAUGGGACAUUUGACAUCUUUGGAUGAAGGAUUGCCUAUGGUAGCUGAAAGUUACUCUUCUAGACAUCCAAGGCCAUUGAGCACCCUUGGCUGGCGGAAUGGUGAUAGAAAUGGGAGGUCAAGAAUUUCAAGUCAAAGAUAUCGCACAUUGACUGAGGAGAGUGGUCUUGCCGAACGAUUUGCCUCUGAGGGUUUCUUGGUUAUUGAGCGUGCAUCGGUGUAUGAUUCCAGGAAUAUGCUUGAUCAGCACCGAGAAAUGAGAAUGGACAUAGAUAACAUGAGUUAUGAGGACCUACUUGCACUAGGUGAAAGGAUUGGCAAUGUGAACACAGGACUCUCUGAGGACAUGUUUUCCAAAUGUUUGACGGAAACAAUAUAUUGUUCAUCUGAGCAAAGUCAAGAUGAAGGAAACUGCGUAAUAUGUCUGGAAGAGUACAAGAACUUGGACGAUGUUGGAACACUUAAAACUUGUGGACAUGACUACCAUGUGAGCUGCAUUAAAAAGUGGUUAUCUGUGAAGAAAUUAUGCCCUAUCUGCAAAGCUUCUGCAUUGGCUGAGGAUACAAAGGAUAAAUAACUUGUAGUGUAGCAUAAUUAAUAUCAUUGUAUAUAUAUUUCGAGACAUCCCUUCAAAUGGAGGAAACAACCUUGCUUUCGAAAUGUUUUAAGAGGAAUGCUACUUUAUGUCAAUGGAUUUGAUUUAUUUUCGGCUUCGAUCUCAA